GAGGGUUUUAUACUUUGACCUGCAGCAGCCGAAAGUUGAAGCUAUGUCUGGCGAGGAGGUAAAGAGUGGGGAAGGAGGAGGAGGAGGAGGGGAGAGGGUGAGGAGUGAAGAUGAGCUGGGGCUGAAGUGGGACCGGUGUGUCGCUGAUACUAUCAUCAAAACUGGAACAGGUGUUGGACUGGGGCUGGUUUUUUCUCUACUGCUGUUCAAGAGGAGACCCUGGCCGGUGACUCUGGGACUCGGUUACGGUCUCGGUUACGCAAUGGCAAACUGUCAGCACGACUUUACCGGCCUCCCCAGCCCCCACCUUCGCCCCGUUCUGACCACACCCCCUGCCGGAGGGGACACAGGGAAAGCUGAUGCUGAAACUCCGCCCACUGACUCCUCCCACUAGCAAUUAGGAACUUUAGUCCCAUUGUAUUGUAUAGCUGUUUUGUAAUAGUUGUCAUUAUUAUCAUUUAUCAUGCUGUCACAUCUAUUAAAAAAUGGUAUCGUUGU